AUGGCUCGUAAAAUUCCUUUCAAAGUCGUGUUUGCUUCAGACGAAGACACGGACUUUCCGGCCAGCGAACUAAACAGCCACAAUCCGACAGUCCACGGUUGGCGAUCGAACGCGGACAGUUCGGUCAGCCCCAAAGAGAUCGUCCUGCGGUUCUUCAAUCCAGCCCGUAUCGUACGGAUACAGGUCCUAGCGCAUCAGUAUUACAUUCCCGAACGCAUUGAACUAUGGAUACACUACUCCAGCAAGAGUGCCCCGAGUACCCCUUCCAGCCAGAGCUUCGAGUACAUGGGAUUCGUGGCCCUGUCGGACAAUGCCAGCACAAACUUUACGUCCCGGGAGCUGCAGAGCGUGACCGUCGCCCCAAAAGUAGGCUCCCACCUUAAGCUACGGCUAGGGCCAGCCCAUCCGAAUGAGUUCAACAAGGACAACCAGGUGGCUCUGCUGGCCAUUAACAUUCUGGGCGAGGAAUUGACGGCGGACGAGCUGGCAUCGAUGCAGGGGAACGUGUCGUCAUUGAUGAACGCUGUGCCACCGAACAUCGACGCCCUGAACGGCUCGCUCGCAUCCGCCUGUGACGAUCUGUCGUACUCGAUGUACGUGGAGGAGAGUAUUUGUGAGGUGGUGCGAAGGAUGGAGAUACUCAAGAUCCAGGCAGUGCAGGAUGAACGCUUCGAGUAUGCCCGAAAGCUAAAGCUCUGCAUGGGCGCCUUAAGGACGGCCGGUGAACGUCUUGGACGGUACGCACUGGCGAAACGGCAGGCAGUCCAGGCGGAAGACUUUACCACCGCCCGGCUCCGGAAGGAGCAGAUCGAAAUGUAUCGCAAGGCCGUGUUCGAUCAGCUACGGGUCGAGCUGUUGCUCCAGAGUGACAAGAGCAUCACAAGUAACGACUCCUGCUCGGAGCUGUACGCAUCUAAGCCAACGUUGCCUUCACCGCCUAGCCUGCAAGAUGUGGCCAGUGCACUCUCGUCGGACUCGACGCUACCACACGCGCAUCACUUACACACGCAGGUAACGCAGGACGGAUCGAAGUUGCCGUCGGAUGCGACCGAUUCUACCACGAGCACUUCGACAAACACGACCGCAUCGGCAGCCUCGAGCGCCAGCAGUUGCACGGUAAAACCGGAAGGACGUUCCUCGCAGCAGAGUCUAACGCGCCCGGACGAGGUUCAGCAAUCGCCUCUGAUGAGUCACAAAGGUCGCAGUCCGAUGAGGUCCCCCACGAACACGGGUUCGCUAAGGAGACGCAACAAAAGUGCUCCGAGGAAUAGUUACGAAGAUUACGAUGAACGUGCGAUUCCCACUCUCGGAAGCCACGCAAAUGAUUUCCUUCGUGAGUGUCAAGGGACGGCAAUGAUCGAGCAGGACGGGGGGAAGAUUCGCUGUAAGCUGAACGAUCGUGAACGUCGCCAGGCGGCAUUACCGAUACUGAUCUUCGGCAUGGAACUGGUGGAGUUGAUCUACUCGCGACAGUUCACCGAUCGCGAGGAAGGUCUGAUACGGCUACGGAGAAUACUAAAGCAGGAGAUCGAACCGGAACCUCAGGCCCAGGCGGCCCAGGCCGGGCCCAAUAAGAUCUGUCGUGGAGCUACCCUUUUGCUCCAUCGUGGAGUUCGCGAUGCGGUAUUCUCCGUGUUCAGCCAAGCGACAGAAACGGUGCGAAGUUUGUUCAUGGAGUUUGUUCCAAAUCGCGUCGCACCAAGCGAAGUUGCACGAUCAGUUGAUCGUCUACUACCGGAGCUGCUUUCCAAGAGUGGUGAUCCUUCGGCUCGGGUACACACACUGGCGCAGCAUACGAUCCUCAGCAUCGCAGCCUGCCCUGAGGUACGAGAACAGCACCUCAUUGCUCCGGCCCUAUCGCGUCCAGUUGGCAACGGAACGCAUCCUCGGUUAGCACUAAGUCGGAUGCAAAUGCUCGAGCAGCUGGUACUCAGCCAAGGUAUAUCGAACGACAAACAGAGUGGACUUGCCUGUCGAACACUUUCGGAAGCUGGCUGCUCCGGAAUACACCAUCCGGCCGAAUCGGUACGCAAGGUGGCCGAAAGGGUGCUACUCUUGGUGUACAAGGUUAACCCGCGCUUGGUGCGUAAGCAGCUUCCUCCGGAUGAUGAUAUAACGCGCCGGAAUCUACUCUACCGCCAGCUGUUUGCUGAGUUUGAUAAGAUCGAUCUUCAGCGCAAGAAGGAAAUGUUGGAAAACAAACAGUUCUGCGGUCCGGCAUCGUUCGCCGGCAUCUGCUCACCACCGAUGUCCAGCAGCUCGAAGAGCUCACCCCCGGUGGAGAUACGCAACAAGAACCUGCGCUACGAUGGACGCACGAUCGUCAGUUUCUCUGAUAAUCAGACCCCCGGUUGGCAGUCUAGUUUCAGUUCCAUGAAAUUGCAGGAUACCAACUCGAGCCCGGUGCGCCGACUGGACGCGACUACGGCAGGGAUCAUCAAGAGCAAAAGUGGGCACGCCAUCGGUCACCACGGCCAGUGGGCGUCUACGGGGAUCGGUUCGUCCGGUGACGAUGGCCAUCGAGACGGUUCGGGAUCGUAUUACGAUAAACUGGACGGCAGCAGCAGUGGUCACUGCAACGGGAAGGAUGCGGGUUCCGGCACUCUCGACCGGAGUCGUCAGAAGUUAUCCCAAUCGAAAACAAACAUGUACGACAGUACGAUCGGGUUCCUACCGGGAGUGGUAGCCCCCGAGAAUGGAGCCGGCUCGCGGAAGAGCUCCAACUCGGACUCGUUCGAUGGUAUCGAGAAUGAAAUCCGAUGCCCAUUUUGCGACUGGAUUUGCCACGGUGAUCCUACGCAGCUCGAUAAGCACUACUGGAAAGCUUGUCCCGUGCUGACCAAAUGUCCACAGUGUAGCCAAAUUCUUGAGGUCGCUGCCCUCUCUGGUCAUUUGAUUCACGAAUGUGAAGCCAAAACUAGCUAUUUGUCAUGCGAACGGUGUACCGAGUCGGUGCAUAAGGAUCUGUACGAGUACCAUCUUAUGGAAGACUUUUGUCGAGAAUUUACAACGGGUGCGGCCAGAUGUCCCCUGUGUCAUGACGAUGUGCUGCUACCGCUGGAUGGUGGCUGGAAGCGGCAUCUCCUGAGCCGUGCCGGAUGCCUUGGCAAUAUUCGGCGUCGAGUGCCGGCGUAGUCGCGACCACCGGUGGAGACAUGAGUGAAACUCAGAUUUUUCCCUACAUUCCGAUCAAAUACACUUCAAGCACACGUUUUAGGUAGAAAUUUAAUGCAAGCAGCGAGAUAAAAGCGUAAAAAGCUGAUGCUUUUUAAACAUAAAUUUGGAAAUUCUGGCGGUUUAACGGACGUAAACACGAAGGCCAAUUACGACUAACAGAACUAUUCUAAACGAUAGCAAAACAUUCUUAAUGUAUGAUUCGAUAAUCAAAAACUGAUUUGUACAGCGCAAGAAGCGUAAGAAACAAACAAACAAAACAUUGCUAAUUUUCGCAGCAUGCACACAAGCCUCUUCGCCCGAAGGCGGCGGAGAGGCAUAAACACAGGGCCACAGCUGUAACGUAGAAGACUUCUCUAUUCGCCAGGGCGCUAACUGCAUAUGCCAUCUCCCGUGGGCAGCCAAUUUCCUCCACACACCGACGUAAGCAAAGUACGACGCAAAUGGGGGCAAUAAAGUAUAUUAUUGAUACGAUAAAACCAAUCGAGUGAAAAGCCACAGCCGAGUUCAGGGAUUCUGGUCGUCCCUUGGGCGGCUGCCCGAGGACACGAAAACAACAGGUUGAACCGGCUGCCAUGGCGAACCACUGCUAGCAACGAUGGACUACUAUUUGCAUGUUUAUUAACUAUUUUAUGGGUAGCAUAAUUUUGUUGUUUAGAUUUUUUAAAUAAAGAAGAGAAAGCGAAAACCCGACGCAGGUAAUUGACACUAAUCAAUCAAACAUUUUGAUCUCACAGUAGUGCUGCUGCGGCGAUGAAUUAAAACAGCACACUGAACAGCAAAACAAACGUAAUGUCCAGCUCCAGAAGUAUUCGGAUCAAGUAAACUUAUUUC